AUCGUUCUGCCUACGGAUUUUUGGAAAGUUGGAGCAUCUGAGCACCGAUAAUGAGCACGACGAGUACUCUCCUCAAGUAUUUCCUUCCGCCCUCAGACGGGAGACGAGUUUACACCAAUGUUAAUGCUGAUCCCGUGACCGGCAAGGUCGACCGUAGUUGGGUAGAGGAUGAUCAUGAAGCUCAGAUCGAGAACGUCCGUGGAAGCGAGGGCGAUUAUACUCUUGAUAAUUCUGGGUUCCAGUUCUUUCGCCGCCCCGCCAAGCAUACCACUUUCACAGAUGAUGCUGAGAUCCAGAAAGAGUAUUACCCAGAGAGCAUCGAACUCAUCAAAGAACUAACAGGCGCUAGCAGUGCCGUCGUCUUUGACCAUACUAUUCGACGCCGUCGACCAGGAGAAGCAGAUGAUAGCCCACAAAGGCGUCAGCCAGUCUCUCUAGUCCAUGUCGACCAGACCACAGCAUCCUCCGUAGCUCGCGUCCAUCGUCAUCUCCCACCCACUGAUGCGCCUGCUCUGCUUCGCCGCCGUUUCCAGAUCGUCAACCUCUGGCGCCCCAUCUCUCAUGCGGCUCUCGACUGGCCCCUCGCACUGUGCGAUUAUCGCAGUGUCGACGCUAAGAAGGACUUGAUACCAGUUGCGCUGAUCUAUCCGGAUAGGGAAGGGGAGAUAUUGGGUAUCAGGCACAAUCCAAAUCACAAGUGGAAGUAUCUCAAGGGCAUGGAACCGGACGAGAUCGUGCUUAUCAAAUGCUUCGACUCUGUGCAAGAUGGCAGCGUAGCGGUUAUGACGCCCCAUACAGGAUUCCAGGAUCCGACGACCCCGAAAGAUGCCCCUCUGCGAGAGUCGAUUGAGCUGAGACUUCUUGUUUUCUACGACUGAUGUCGGACCCAUUUAACUCGAUCAUGACUGUCGUUUUCCGAGUAUGUAGUAUCGCGCCAACAUUUUGCACUGUAUUCUGAUCCUGCUUCUGUGUUUAUACCUUUACACGAGCACAAUAAAGGAGGAAACAUAUUUAGUUGUGAUAAAUGUGCUGCAC